AUGGCCGGCGCCUUCGGGUUUUCUGCCGGCGACUUCAUCACAGGCAUCCAACUCGCCAAGGACGUCGUGUACGCACUUAGCGAUACCCGCGGGGCACGUCCGUGUUUCCAGAGCCUGGCGAGUGAGCUGAACACACUGCGGUGCGCGCUGAGAGAAAUUAAUUGUAUUGGGAAUGAUGUGGAUGAGUCAGUAUCAGCGUCGACCCGGGCAGCGAGGUCGGAACUCGGAAAUGCCGUAGAGCAGUGUCAGCAGGUCAUUGAGACGUUUCUAACCAGGAAUAAGAAAUUCCAUAAGUCGCUGGGCAAUGAGCGUUGCACGUCCAGGCUCAGAGCAAACUGGCAUAAGAUUGAAUGGGCGGUGGGGAGGAAGAGUGAGGUUGAUGGGCUGCGCGCUCAGAUUCUAGGGCAUACGACGACGAUUAAUACUUUGCUUAUUUCAAUGCAGUCAUCGAAUGUCGUCCUUCAAACUGCGCUCUUGAGCGAUUGUCGUCGCAAUACUGAAGAGCAGUUGUGCACGCUUUAUGAGACACAGGACCAGGUCAAACAAGCCAACGAUAUGAUUCGUACACAGGCGGGUACGCUGAGCAAGAUUCUAAAUAUCUUAAACGACUCGCCUACUGACCCAGAUCAACAACCUACCGAAUCCGUCGUCCCGUCGCAGGGCAUGAUCCGUUCGGUCAUGCUACAAACCUUACAAGCCAACCUGAGAAUUUGCCGUUUGAUGGCAGAAAUGCAGAAAGCUGUGCAGCAACAACAGCAGCAAGAAAACCUAGAUGAGAAACUACCUCCACAGAUUCGCACCCAGCAGCCCGUGCACUUCGAAGACGCGCAUGGCCGUAUUGCGCCCUUUCAUAUCGAAUUCGUAAACUCCCUAGACGCCUUUCUGGCUGUGAUGGAAGUUCGCUUCCGCCAUCUCCCAGGAUUAAGCAAAGUCCAGCGACUGGAGUAUGUGAUCCGCGAGCCGGAGACAAAGAGGACGCUGGAUCUCCGAGCACCAUGGGCGUCGGUUUUUCUACCAGGACGGAGGGUCACGAUGAGUAUGGUGUUUUGGAGACCGUUGGUUUCGGCGAAUGGUUGUCCGAGCUGUUGUUAUGAUAAUAAGAUAUUAGGGUUGGAUGAUGAGGUUCAGUGCUCUAAUCCACAAUGUCGAAUCUGGUACGAUCGAGUUGUAGAGCACGGCCAAUCUAAGAAUUUAUCAUCAUGCACAGAAUUGGAGUUUUCAUGUUGCAAGAUCGGUUGCCAACCACCUCCAGCCUAUUGGGUGACGGAGGAAGAGCAAGACAGCAUUAAUCAGUUCAAACGUGUCCAAGUCCGACAUUUACUCACUCCUUCUAAUAUGCACUGA